CCCGCGCAACCAUCAUUGCUGUCUCACAUCAUGUCACAUCUCAACUGUGCCGCCUUCUUUUGUUUGUCAUGUGUCAAAUCAAAUCAUGUCACACACGUCGUUCAUUCAUUGAACAAACACAACAAACAGCAGAAACAACAAACAUGAGCGAGGAAGCGACAGGGAAGUGGCACCGCUACUAUGACAAAGGCUUCCUGCCCUGGGACAGCGGGAAGCCGGCGUCGCAGCUCGUGGAGUUUGUGGAGAACACGUUCCUGCCGGCAUGGGAAGCAGCAACAGCAGCAACAGCGGCAACAGCAGCAACAACGACGGAAACAACAGGCGAGCAGGCGCCUACCGCAAGCAGCAGCAGCGACGGAGCAGCUACGGCUGCGAGACGCCGACCGCGCGCCAUUGAGAUUGGGUGCGGCACGGGGGCGUCGUGUGUGUACCUGGCGCAGCAAGGGUUUGUGGUGACUGGAGUGGACCUGGUUGCAGACGCAGUUGCAGCAGCCAAGGAGCGUGCGGAGCACGCGGGUGUCAGCGACUGCUGCACGUUCCUGGUUGCAGACGCAUUUCAGCUACCGUGGGCUGCUGAAGCCCACACCGACAGCGAGUACGAACAACAACAGCAGCAACAGCAGCAACCACAACAGGAGGAGGCGACUGGCGACGCUGCUGUGACACCCCACAGCUACGACCUGGUGUAUGACUGCCAGACGUUUCACGUGCUGCGGCAGAUUGAUGAGCGAGGCAUCGUUGCGGUGUACAAGCGCCUGCUUCGCCCGGGCGGGUACAUGUUCACACUGACGGGCAACGCGGAUGAGCCUGAAGUUGGGCCCUCUGUGCUGACACGGGAGGAGCUCUGUCGUGCGUUUGCAGACUUUGAGCAGGUCUCUGUGCAGCCGUCGCGGUUUGAUAUGACGCCCACUUAUGCCUCCUUGUCCCAGCCACCUCUGGCCUGGUGUGGCAUCUUCCGAGCAUGACGCGCGCGCGCGCGCGCGCGCGUGUGUGUGUGUGUGUGUGUGUGU